AUGUUGUCCAUCAAUAGUACCAAAGCCGUUUUCUCCACCUUUCUGGUGACAGGCAUACCUGGACUGGAAGCUGUGCACAGCUGGAUCUCUAUACCCUUCUCCACCAUGUUCUUCAUUACCUUGGUGGGCAAUGUGACCAUUCUGACAGUUAUUUGCAGGGAACGGACCCUCCAUGUGCCUAUGUACCUCUUCCUGGCCAUGCUAGCAGUGUCUGACCUGGGUCUGUCCCUCUUCACUUUCCCCACAAUGCUGAGGAUCUUCUGGCUGGAUACUCGAGAGCUCACCUUCUCUGCCUGCUUCACCCAAAUGUUUUUUAUUCAUACCUUCCAGGAUUUUGAGUCAGCUAUUAUACUGGCAAUGGCCUUUGACCGGUAUGUGGCCAUUUCUCAUCCAUUGCGCUAUUCUUCCAUUCUCACCAGCAGCGCUAUUUCCAGGAUAGGUUUGGCCAUUGUAGUGCGAACCUUGACUGUACAGGUGCCUCUCCCCAUCCUUUUGCGAAGGCUGUGCUUCUGUCAUUCCAAUGUACUAUCUCAUUCCUACUGCCUGCACCCCGAUAUUAUAAAGCUCUCUUGCUCCAACACCAGGAUCAAUAGCAUCUUUGGACUGUUUGUGGUAUUAUCCACUAUGGGACUUGAUUUUCUCCUCAUUCUCUUUUCAUACAUCCUGAUACUGAAAACUGUCCUGAGCAUUGCAUCCUCUGGUGGCCGCCUCAAGGCUCUCAACACCUGUAUUUCCCACAUCUGUGCUGUGAUUCUCUUCUUCACACCCAUGAUAUGCCUAUCUAUUCUGCACCGCUUUGGCCCAAAACUUCCCUCACAUAUCUACGUGACCAUGGCUAACAUGCAUUUUCUCAUUCCUCCUGUAAUGAACCCCAUUGUGUAUGUGGCGAAAACCAAACAGAUACGAGAUAAAAUUCUGAAAGUCUUCAUCAAAAAAGAACCAGAAUCCCAAGUCACAUUUAUAACAUGA